ACAGAUCCGACUGAACCGACUGCAAAAUAUCUAUUUAUAAUAUCCUAGAAUCCAGAAAUCAACCUAUUCCUCGACCCUUUUGCCAACCCUUCUCCAUGACCUUUUUUCGGUCCCCAGAAUGGCUGAGACACCACCCUCAACCUCGCGGCGCGACCAUUUCGAGCAUGACGUACUGAUCGAUAGGAGCUAUGAACCCCAACAUGAGAAAAGCUUCUCAUCAUCGGAAGACGCGGGUUCUUCAAAAUCGAGAUCAAACGAGCGAGCAAGAAAGGUAUUUAGCGACUGGUGGUGGGAACUCCUGGCUUGCGUACCUAUCAUUGCCAGCUUCAGCGGGCUCAUAGCUAUUCUUCGCGCCUACCAGGAUCGCCCUCUGCCGAAGUGGCCUCUUGGUCUAUCAUUCAACACGGCACUGUCAGUACUCGGUCUCGUCUUUCGCACUCCAGCCCUCUUCAUUGCUGCUGAGGGAAUUGGCCAACUGAAAUGGCGUUGGUUUUCGAAAGAACGCCCACUAAGUGACUUGUCUGCCUACGACGAGGCCACUCGAGGGCCCUGGGGGUCUACGAAACUCCUUUGGGUGACUCGGUGGCGAGAUCUUCUCGCAAUAAUCGGCUCUAUAAUCAUAAUCGCUUCAAUUGGCAUCGAUCCUUUCACCCAAGCUGUUGUUGGCUACUCUCCCUGUCGAGUUUCCGCAACCAAAAGCGCUUCUACGGUUGGACGAAUCAAUUCGUUCUUCAGCUUUUUCUGGCACGAGAUCGAGGAAGGGGUACCGCCAUGGACGAGAUUGGCUAUGGCUGCGAGCAUCCAGAACUCGAAUUCUCUUACGCCGAAUUACAGCUGCACGGCAGCCCACUGUACCUUUACCAAACCGUAUCAUUCCAUAGGGUUCUGUAGUAAAUGCGUCGACGUUACAGAUGAACUCAUCACCGAGGAUUGGUCGAAUGAGGAUUGGCGUGGUCGCAACUACACCUUACCACGACUGGAUCCGCAAGCAUCGGUACCAUUGUCUGGGAGCCAAGCAGGCUACCGAUUCGACCUACGGGGAGAGGAAGUAAGAGACUAUGCGCUCUGGGACGUCCUGUCAGUCAGGAAGUUCGCUGAAGGAUUUACUUUUCCAAAGGACGUGUUGCCAUCAGAGACCGAGGGCCGCCAUCAGAGCUCGAGAUUUGACAUUGUGUCCGCUCGACCAAUCCUUGGGUCUCGCUGCUAUCUGUCAUACUGCAUUCGAUCCUACACUGGAACUAUCAACCACGGGGUACUUGUGGAAAAAUUGGAGUCGACAAGCAGAAAUUGGUCUACCUGGUCAGCCGGGACUCCGAUAGUGCGAACUGUGGAAACCAACUGUCUAAGACCGCAAGUGCGAAGAAAACUCGAAAGUGAGGGCUAUAUCUCUGCAGAUACCGAAUGGAUGGCUUGGAACGGUACCUAUUUCUCUGGUACCGAGGCGGAUGAAGGAAUCAGUAGGUCUACUGAGCGCGCCAUACCAAUCCCGUGCGUGUACGAGAUCCAAGUGUACGACGAUGCUGUGAACUGGGCCCCUUAUGAGUUCUACACCGGCGAUUUGGCUGGUUCCGUCAGGGGAAAUAACAUCAGCAGCACGCGCAUGAGAAUUUUGCACGGAUCGACGGGUUUCCUGGCGGGUCUAUACGACGACGGAGCGAUAUCCAUCGAUUCGAUCAACCAUGUUUUCGACAACGUGACCACCGUGAUCUCAAACUACAUGAGGACGCAAAGUCGACCCAUUCCCGCGAACAUCAGCGAAUACGAUUCGCCUCUGAAUCCCAGUGAGGCCAAAAACAUAACCAACCCCAAUCCCGUUAUUGGUGAACCCAAAGACUGGAAUCAUCCAACAGAGGGAAAUGACUUCAAUGAUACGACCUGUAUCCGCGUUCGCUGGCCAUGGCUCGCGUUGCCCGCUGCAAUCAUCGUCGGGACACUGGGAUUCUUGAUCAUACUGAUCACGACGAUGACCUUCCAGGAUGAACGCGGGAUGUGGAAGUCAUCGCAGAAUGCACUCAUGUGGCACGGUCUAUCCGGUCCUGCAGUGGAGGAGAGUGCCAGCUUGAAUUCCAGGCAGGAUAUGGAUGCAAGAGCGGAAGAGAUCCGCGUGCAUUUAUCAAAGACAGAUAGAGGAUGGAAACUUGUACAAGAUGAGAGACUCGAGUAAGCUUUGCAUACAUGUUAUAUAAUAUUCUGGUAUUUGCAUAGCCGAACUAGAAUGUUUGUAAAUAAA